CAGAGUCGGUUCCGUUGGCGGCUGACGUAGGCGCGCUCUCGUCGUGCCUCUCCCCGCCCCAAACUCCACGGCGAGCCGGAGAAGGAAAAGAAGAAGAAUAGCAGGAGAAGGAAGAGCAGCAGCAGCGCGAGCAGCGGCAGCGUCGUGAAGACGGCGCCAUGUCGGUGCCCCCCACAGGGUUCCCCCCGCCGCCCCUCGCCCCCGUCAGGGCUCCCUUGCCUGGCGGGCCCGCCGCGGGCCUCCGAGCCCCGGGCGGCGUGGGACUCUGUCAGAACGGACCAGCACAAAAUCAGAUGCAGUUUUCUGCUGGAUAUGGAUCACAUCCUCAAAACUAUAGUGCUCCCUCAGGACACUACUCACAAGUGCCCAAUAAAGCUAUUCCUUCACAGCUGGAUAACCACUAUGGUGCUGAUUAUUUUUCUGCCCAGUAUUCAGUGCCAGCAGAAAAUGUUAAUGCAUCUCCUGUGACUUCUAAGAUUUUGAGCACACAGGGAUCACAGCACUUGUACAAUAGAGCACCUCAUGUUGCAGAAUCAUCUGGACCUGUCCAGGGAAUGACUUCUUCAUCCCAAUUCCAUACCAGCGUUUCACAGUCAUUUUCCUCAUAUGGUAGUCCUUAUAGCAAUUCAGCCUUGCACUCCGUCAGUGCUUCAGUUCCAUCUCAGGGAUUUGUUGCUCCUUCUGCUCACUAUGCCAUGCCUGCUAUCUCUAGUGUUGCUUAUCCAAAUGUUUCAUAUCCUUCUAUGUCCAUUGGCUGUCCAUAUGGGCAAGUGCCUACAUCCCACAGUGUACCAGCUCCUGGACAUUUGCAAGAGGCAAAUGCUUACUCUGAUCAAAAUAGAGGCCCAUCUAUAGGGCAACAGAGAGUUCCUUUGAGUUACAGCUCUGCAUCAUGGUCUGCCCCAGAACUCCAGUCAACUCAAGUGAAUCACAGUGGAAAUUUUGCAGGAUCUGUGUCUGAAGCAAGCAGCCCAAUUGGCACAGGGUCACCACAUCCUACAAAGCAGAAUGUUCAGCCUCUAAAACCUGUCCGAGGAAUGUCUUCAGCUGUGACAUCUUCCGUUAGAACACCUGUUGUAGGGACGACUUCAAAGCCUGGCACUUCCUCUUCUCUUGCACAGCCAUCAGAUUCUUUGCUUCAUGAAGGCAUGCAGUAUGGUGGAUAUGUUAAUAAUCAAGCUAGCUCUCCAGCAACUCCCUUGUCAUCAAGUUCAGAUGAUGAGGAAGAGGAUGAGGAGGAUGAGGAAGCAGCUAUUGACAGCUCUUCCACUACCAGCAGUGCAUCUCCUGUUCUGAACAAUUAUGAUACCCUUGAAGGCGGUGGCUAUCCAGAUGCAUGUUCUGCAACAAGUAGUCCAGCUCCUGCUCCAUCAGUCCCCCAGACAUCUAAAAUGUCUAAGCCAUUUGGCUAUGGAUAUCCCACUCUACAGCCUGGCUACCAGAAUGUAACACCGUCUCUACCACCUCCUGCCACAGAGCCCAGUAAUUCUGCAUAUAAUUCUGGAUUUCCUCAAUAUCCACAGCAAUAUCCUACAAUGAAUCAACUGUCAGCUAGCCUUGGAGGACUAGGUAUACAGCAGCCAGAAAGCCUGAGACCUGUCAACCUUACUCAAGAUAGAAAUAUUCUGCCUAUUGGUCCUGUUCCACCUCCUGUGCCUAAUUUGAACUCAGACCUGAAGAAAUUGAACUGCAGCCCAGACUCAUUUCGCUGUACAUUGACAAAUAUUCCACAGACUCAGGCAUUACUAAAUAAAGCAAAACUUCCUUUGGGGUUGCUUCUACAUCCCUUCAGGGAUCUAACGCAAUUACCUGUGAUAACAUCAAACACCAUUGUGAGAUGUCGAUCUUGCAGGACAUACAUCAACCCAUUUGUUUCUUUUAUUGACCAAAGAAGGUGGAAGUGUAACCUGUGCUACAGAGUUAACGAUGUUCCUGAAGAAUUUAUGUAUAAUCCUCUGACACGAUCCUAUGGAGAGCCUCACAAGCGACCAGAAGUCCAAAACUCUACAGUAGAGUUUAUUGCUUCUUCAGACUACAUGCUUCGCCCUCCUCAACCUGCAGUGUAUUUGUUUGUGUUUGAUGUGUCCCACAAUGCAGUAGAAGCUGGAUAUUUAUCAAUUGUCUGUCAGUCUUUGCUGGAAAACUUAGACAAGUUGCCUGGAGAUUCAAGAACAAGGAUAGGUUUCAUAACAUUUGACAGCACUGUUCAGUUCUAUAACUUGCAGGAAGGAUUAUCUCAGCCACAGAUGCUAAUUGUCUCAGAAAUCGAAGAUGUUUUCCUGCCUUUACCUGAUAGCCUAUUAGUUAAUCUGCAUGAAAGUAAAGAGCUAAUUAAAGAAUUAUUGAGUGCGCUACCAAAUAUGUUCACCAACACAAGAGAAACACACAGUGCAUUAGGCCCAGCCCUUCAAGCGGCCUAUAAAUUGAUGUCUCCAACGGGUGGCCGCAUAUCUGUGUUUCAGACGCAGUUACCAUCCUUGGGAUCAGGAUGCUUGCAGUCUAGGGAAGAUCCCAAUCAAAGAUCAAGCACAAAGGUUGUUCAGCAUCUUGGUCCAGCAACAGAUUUUUAUAAAAAAUUGGCAUUAGAUUGUUCAGGACAACAGACAGCUGUGGAUUUGUUUCUUUUAAGCUCACAAUAUUCAGAUAUGGCAUCUCUUGCUUGCAUGUCAAAAUAUUCUGCUGGAUGCAUCUAUUACUACCCCUCUUUCCAUCAUAUCCACAACUCUGUUCAAGCAGAAAAACUCCAGAAAGAUCUUAAAAGAUACCUUACACGAAAGAUUGGAUUUGAGGCAGUCAUGAGAAUAAGAUGUACAAAAGGUCUUUCAAUUCACACUUUUCAUGGUAACUUUUUUGUGCGAUCUACUGAUUUACUGUCCCUUGCCAAUGUCAACCCUGAUGCUGGAUUUGCAGUACAGAUGUCUAUUGAAGAAAGCCUUUCAGACACAUCAUUAGUUUGUUUUCAGACAGCACUUUUAUAUACUUCCAGUAAAGGUGAACGGAGAAUUAGGGUGCACACGCUUUGUUUGCCAGUGGUAACUUCACUGACAGAUGUGUAUGCUGGAGCAGAUGUACAAGCAAUUAUAUGCCUCUUAGCUAAUAUGGCUGUGGAUCGAUCCAUUUCAUCAAGUCUAUCAGAUGCCAGAGAUGCCUUGGUGAAUGCAGUGGUAGAUUCGCUGUCUGCGUAUAUGACAGCUGCAUCGAACCACCAACAAUCUGCUCUGAUUGCUCCAAAUUCUCUCAGACUGUUUCCUUUGUAUGUUUUGGCUCUCUUCAAACAGAAAGCAUUUAGAACUGGCACAAGUACACGCUUGGAUGAUCGGGUAUAUGCUAUGUGCCAAAUAAAAAGUCAACCACUGGUUCAUUUGAUGAAGAUGAUAUACCCCAAUUUAUACAGGAUAGACAAACUUACUGAUGAGGGUGCUAUACAUGUCAACGAUAGAGUUGUACCACAACCCCCCCUUCAGCGGUUGUCUGCGGAGAAGUUGACAAGAGAAGGUGCUUUUCUUAUGGACUGUGGAUCUAUAUUUUACAUUUGGAUUGGAAGAAGCUGUGAUAACUUCAUAAAAGAUGUCCUUGGAUACCCUAACUAUUCAUCAGUACCUCAAAAACUGACACAACUUCCAGAACUAGAUACUCUUUCUUCAGAACGAACCAGGUCCUUUAUAUCCUGGCUUAAGGACAGUAAAACUCUCAUCCCAGUACUUCAAGUAAUAAAGGAUGAAAGUCCUGCAAAGGCUGAUUUUCUUCAGAACUUGAUUGAAGACAAAACAGAGGCAGCAUUCUCUUACUAUGAAUUUUUACUUCACAUUCAACAACAGAUUUCUAAGUGAAAAGGAAGAAACAAAAACAAACAGCCUAGUUCUUGACUUAACUAAAUGACAACUGUGAAAAAAGCACAUAGAAAGUGAUAAAACCAGGCAUGGGUUCUUGAGCAUCCAUAUCUAAAGCUUUUCAGCUGAAAGGACAAAAUGCACAUCUUCAGAUGAAUUUUACAGUUCUGCUUCAGUAUAAAAAUGAUGGCUAUUAUGCAGUUUUAGUAGUAUGUUUUGUCGGAUUAUAUGCAUUUCCAGUUGUGCAACGAUAUGGUGCUUCUGUUCGUUUCAAGUUGGUGAACUUACAUAGCAAUGUGGAAUAGUAUUUCUUAAUGAAAUCUAAAAUCAGAGCCUUUCCCUCCAACAUUUAAUAUAGUCUUUCCGAUCUCUAGCAGAGAUGCCAAAGUGCAGUGUUCCAUGCUGUUUAUAUGGAUUUGUAAAAGAGAUAAGUCAUAUUUGAAGACUUCACCAUUUUCUAUGUGAAGACGAUAGAGUUUCAAUACAGCAUACACGAAUCCUAGAAAUAAAAAUAUAUAAUGUACAGAAGUGUUAACAUUUGUAAAGAAAAUGUAAAAAAUGUAACUACAGAGUAUGAGUUGCUUAGUGUGCUACAGUGUUAGUGAUUCAAUAAUAAAUCACUAUCUCAGUUAAAUAAUAAAAUUGACUAAUACAUAUUAAAACAAAUCUGAAUCCACAUAGGAAACUACAACUCUGUGAUUCAUUUAAUCAGACCUUUAUGUGGAUUUGUUUAUGAUCAGCUAAUUAAAAUAAUUUUGCUUGAUCAUGUGUUUUAUAUCUGUGAUUACUAUAUUUUAAACACUAAUAUUAAAUUUAGCUUGCUCUAGUAAGAAAGAAUGUUUACUACUUUAUUGUAUAGAAUUGCAGGAAAGGGGAAAGUGGUGAUAUUGCUGAAUUUGGAUUGCAGUUUGUGCAAAAGAUAAUUGACUUGUGAUGCUUCCUAGCAAUGGAUAGUGUCACUUAACUCUGGUUUAUUGUAUGUACCUUGCAACAAUUGUGGUUCUGGAUUCUUCAUUUUUCUCUUGCCACCAUGAGACAGGUAGAAAAUGCUUUUAUUUCAUGUAAAGGUGGGGAGUUCCUGCAGCACAUGAUCCAAAUAUUAGCUUGCAAUAUCUUAAGUUGCUCUUCUGAACUUGCAUUCUGGACACACAUGGCAAGUCAUACUUGCAUGGGACAACUGAAUCACAAAUUUUGUUUGUUCAUUUAUUACUUUAACAAGAUAACAGCAAGAAAUUUUAAAAGCAAUGCUUUCCCCCCCCAAAGAUGAAAAAUACUUUUGUGCACUCGCAGAUAUAUAUUUAUAUCGAAGUUUACUUUCAUGCACAAAAUGUGCUUAUGCAACGAAGGUGUGUUAUUCUUUUACUUUUGUAUCUUUAAUUUUAUAGACUGAUUCACAUGACAUUUUCCUUAAUUUUACCAAAGCAUGUUAAAGGAUUUCUCAGCAGAAAGUCACUGCUUAUUCAACUUAAUUUAUGGCACAUUUUAGAUCUGUGUAAAAGCAUAAGAAUGUUGUAUCUCUGUUACCUAAUAUUUGAAAAUUGGUAUUUUCUAUACUUCACAUUUUGAGUUCACAAAAUAGGUCAAAUUUAUUUUAGUAAAGAAAUUGGUUGAAAACAUGUCAUAUGGAAUCCUAAAUGUGUCAGAUGUAGGAAUGUGUUGUCAGCAAGCAGUUAUUGUAGAAUAAAACAAUUCUGCUGGAACUUAGUGCUGAAUAUCCAAAAGUAUCCAAAGCCAUGAUGUACCGUAAACAAUCUGUAAAACCAUUGCUCAAAGUUUUAUUCUUCUAUAUUUUGUAUAUAAAAUUGUUAUAAAAAUA